AUGAGGUGUGAUCAGUGUCAACAAGACUUUGCAAACAAAAGCAAUUUAUUUAGACAUAAACGAAAAAGUUGUAAAGGAUUAGAAAAUAUAUCCAAGAAAAGAAAAAUUGAUCUGCCUGUUCUAGAAAAUCUAGAAAGUAGUGUUAAAAGACUACAAAAGGUGACGUGUGAUCAGUGUCAACGAGACUUUGCUAACAAAAGCACUUUAGUUAGACAUAAACAAAAAAGUUGUAGAGGAUUAGAAAAUAUAUCCAAGAGAAGAAAAAUUGAUCUGCCUGUUCUAGAAAAUCUGGGAGAUGGUGUUCAAAAACUGCAACAGGCUUUCCAGUACCGUAUUGCCACUUACAGGUUUCGUGUUGAAGGAAACUGUAUAGAUCCUUCGCAGUUUAUGAAUGACGUAAAGCAAAAAGUGAGUAACGUGUUGAGUGAUUAUAUUAGAAAUCACCACAGCUUUAAGGUUAGUUUAGAACUUUUUGGACUUUAUAUUAUACCUGCCAAAGAAAUAUCAGAAAUAAAGUCAUUUAAUACAAAAAAUAAAGUAGUAACAACAUCCUCUGAUCUGAACGAAAUUUAUGAUGACUUUAAAGAUUACAGUCCACUGUCAGCGUCUUCGUAUAUAAGAUUACCGUGCUCAAUUGAAAAGAAAGGAAGUACGUUGAAUAUACAAAAUCAAGAUAGUGCCUGCUUCGCUUGGACCAUCAACGCGGCGAUAUUUCCACAUGAUGGUAAUCCUACUAAACCAGAAUCAUAUCCUCAUUAUAAUACACUACUUAGUUUUGAUGGGAUUGAGUUUCCUGUCAAACUAAAAGAUAUACAUAAAUUCGAGCAGUUAAACAAUAUAUCUGUCAACGUGUUUGGUCUUGAAACAUAUUUUAAAGAUGGAAAAAUGGUUACCGAAGUAGUUGGACAUUUCUACCAUACGCCCAGCCGCCAAGCUACUCAUGUGAAUCUUCUACUAACAACAGAUGAUAAUGGAAACAGUCACUACUGCCUAAUUACAAAUUUAUCCAGACUUGUGCGAAGCCAGAAGACUAAACGUCAAAAUCAAACUUUUAUUUGUGAUGGAUGCUUACAAUUUUUUAGAACCCAGCAACACUUAACCAAACACCAAGAAUGUGACUGCAACCAUCUGCGAACAGAGGUGCCAUCUACCGGUUUAAAAAUAAAUAAAUAUGAUGCAACAAACUUAUAUGGAGCUGCGAUGAGUAACUAUCUUCCUACAGGUGGAUUCAGAUGGCUAGAAACCUGUGAUAAUUUUGAUUGUUUUGCAAUAGCAGAUGAUUCGUUCAAAGGAUAUGUGUUAGAAGUCGAUUUAGAUUAUCCACCCAAUUUACAUAAUAUUCAUAACGAUCUGCCGUUUUGCCCUGAACCGAUAAAGACUUUAAAUAAUCAAUACACAAAACUUGUGCCAAAUCUUUACGAUAAAAAAAAAAUUCAUGCAGAUAAUGUUUACAAUGAUAUUAAGAACAAUAUAUCAUACUUUGAUACAUCCAAUUAUCCAAUUGAUAAUAUUAACGGUAUUCCCAAAACUCAAUCAGUUAUCGGAAAAAUGAAAGAUGAAUUCAAAGGUGUUCCUGUUGAAAGUUUUAUUGGGACAGGCGCAAAAGCUUACUGUGUUAAGUUAUCCAAUUCUAACCUACUGAAAAAAGCAAAAGGUAUUUAA